AUGGCGCCGCAAAUUCUGCGCCAGGCGUCUGCCGCCGCCUCCAGCGAAGCCCUCAUGCGCGAGCUUGGCGUUCUCGAGCGGGCCGAGUGCCAAACCGCUGCCAAAGCCACAGACGUCAAGGAAAGUCCGGGCGCCUCCACCGAUAGCGACGAUGCAGCGGUGGAUGUUAUAUCGUUGAUGGGGACUUCGUCGUUGGUGCUGCACGUGUGCCAGACGGGUAUCCGGGCGCAGGUGCCCAGCGUUGUGAUUUUGCGGCACCUCUGGAGGCCGUUUAGCGCUGCGCAAGCGGUGACACACUCACAAUUGGGCGCUUUAGAGGACAAGUCGGCUGACGAGCCCCUGCGUGCACCAACAAUGGAGUGGGCGGCGUCACUGCCCGUGUCGGUCCGUGAGCUUCUACUUUCCCACGAGCUGCAGCGGGUGCACCGUCGCCGCCGUUACAUUAACCGCGGCGUUCGCGGAGACGUUGCCGUCUCCACGGAGGAGAUCUCGCAUGACACUGACAGGACACCUGUGUACGCUCUGAGCGAGAUGUGGACGCAGACGGUGCAGGAAUCCCGUGCGGUGGUGCUGUGUUGCUGUGCUCCGUGGUUGCUACACCACUCCACGCAAGCAAGCUCCGUUAUAGAAAGCAGCGAGGCAGCGUCGUCACUUUUGCGUGCCUUGUUCUCGCCGCUGGAGCGCCGGGUACUGGAAGCGGGCAUGCGGUUGUGUGCGGUCUGCCAGGCGGAGGACGUGGCGCGGGCGCUGAUGGCCGUUUUCAUCCGCGGCGUGGACAGCGCCACCAGCGGUGCCUCUGAUCAGAGUAGAAACAUCGAUGCACUGACAGAGGAGGGGGCGUUCACGGCAUGGUAUGCUACCGAGGCUGGUACGCUGUACGAGAGCGCGAUGAUCGCUGCGGCCGCACCGCGCACUCAUGCAGGCCUCUUGGCGUCUUGUACCUACUUCCCAACUAGUGGCGGCUUUGCGUUGGCGUACUCGUAUCUUAUUCAUCGAGGUCUCGCCAUGGCGAGACUCGCCGCAGCAAGCGGCGAGGACAGAGACAACGAAGAGGUGCCUGCUGCGCCGGAGGCUUCGUCGCGAUCUGCCAGAAGCAGUCGCAGCUGGUUGUCAUCCUUCAUGCAGCAACCGCGAUGCGCAAUGCGUCUGGUGUGCGCGCUCGCCGGCGCCGUUGACGCCAACGCCGACCAUUUUGAUGUCGUCUUGCAGCUGUACCUGCGCCUGGUGGAGGAGGCAGGGGCGGGGUAUACCGCCGACAGCGUGGACGACACUCGUGUGGCCCUCUGCGCCGUCCUCAACGCACUUGCGCGUGUUCCACUCAAGACACAAGUGUAUCUGGACUUCCUCGAGGAUGUUCACCGCCGCACUCUCGUUCACUCCACCAUCGACGUCACAGAGCAUCCGGACGUGCUCGCGAGCUGCCUGCGCGUGUGCAGCGCUGCGAGGGUGCCGAGCCGCGCUGUGACGCUCUUCAACAAGCUAUGCGAGCCUUCGUCGCGUGCCAUUGCUGCAGAGGAGCGCAACGUGGCGGCGGUGCUGCUCAGCACGCCUACUGCGGCGAUGGCGCUGCAGCGGCUGGUGAGCUACAUGCAUACGAAGCUCCCCGUCACGGCAGACGCGGUGCACGCUGCUGCCGCGCAAGCUUUAAUUGCGAGCACGGAGCUGGUGUGCUCCGCCUCAUCGACUAUGUUUGCGUUUUUUGAUCUUCUCGAGCUCAAGGUGGCCGCCCAACACCACGUCACAAGCCGCACCGCUGCCUACUAUGCCAACCGUACGUUUUUCCUGCGCCUCUUGACAUUGCUUGCAGGGGUGCACGAGCAGCGUUGUGGCGGUGGUGCUCUGCGCGAGGCGCUGUCCACACCAGCCGCAGCGGCGGUGUUUCGGCAGUGGGUGGCGUCGGCGGUGGAGCAUCAGCCGCGCACUACUUCUUGGGCCAGCGCUCUGCCUCCCGUUUUGGUUGGUGUGCUUCAGGAGCUUGCUCUUGAACUUCACAGAGCAGCUAGAGCCGACUCGCAGGUCGGCAGCGACUCCUUCCCUGCCGUGCCUGCGAGUUCCCUUCUAGCGGCCGUUGAAGAGGUGCUGCACGCUGCUGCGGGGGGCCUUCCAACGUCGGUUCGCCCCAUCGGCUCUGUCGACGAGGAUACUGCAAAGGACUGCUGCACGCUGUACUGCCUACCUGAACCUCUGCAGUGGCGGCAGGUGCAGGCCGACUGGCAAUUGGAGGAGCAGAGGCGGUUUGUGGAGGGCGCGUCUUCGCUGCUUCAGGCUCCCAACGCAGAUGCCACGGCGGCGACGUCAUGUCUCCGUUACCAAGACUGGGCGAUGCUACGCGACCUGCAGUUGCGGUGUGCGAGUGCGACUUCUCAAGAACACCUGGCCGAUGCGUGGGCCAAUGCCACGUCGAGGGGACCAAAGCAGCCGCAGCCCUCGGCCUCGACGUCGACGUGGUCGCGCACUCCCGGAGGAGUCGCCGCUGACCGUGCCACGCUCUGUGUGCUGACACCCUUGGCGGAGGUGGAGUGGUGGUUCAUGCAGGAUUCCGCCUCUCCAUCACACGCCCUGCGCAUGAAGACGGCGUCCUUGUCGGAGACCCUCGGAGUGGCGGUGCCUCCCGCUGUCGGCUGCCCGGCACACACGUGGGCCAGCGAGCAGGCGGCGGCACAUGGCGGUGCACGGCAAAGAUGCACGAGAGUCGUGAAGUACUGGCUGCAGCGCUGGGUCGACUCCGUUGAAGACAACCGUGCCUUGCCUUUGCACUCCGUCUUCCGAACGAGUGUGGUGCGGGUACUUCAACAGUCCGUCUCUGCCGUCUUCGUCGCAGAGGAGAAGGCAGACGCCGCAGAGCAGGACGCGGAGCUCGACACGCCCUCGGCGUCCUCUGGUGAGCCGUGGAACGCCUCCUCGCCUGACGUGUUUUCCGGGAGAGUCAAGCGAUCGUGUGUAGAGACGAUGUUGGUCCGAGGCCCCUCCUCCGUCGUCUACAACACGUAG